AUGUCUCCAGUAUGGUUAUACGUACCCGCUGUGGGUGAAAUUCUUCAGCUUGUUCAGCUUGCUCAUGAGGAGCAUCCGUUUGUCUCCAUUACUACAGGAUCGUAUGUUGUCGUAGGGUACCUCGCUAAUAACAACCAAGUAUCACCUAUCUACUGCGAAAGAUCCUUCCAGGAGGCCCAGCCUUGGACUGGUCGGCUUACGCAACUUGGGUGGCUGAUUGCCCCUGGCGAGAGGGAUACUACCCACCUUCAUGAGUUAUUCACAGCGACGCUCCAAGAGCUGUUGAACGCUUCAGUUCAAUUCUCUUAUGCUCCGUUUCCGGAUGGGUAUCCACCUCCCAUUGUCACCCCAGUACAACAACUCAUGUACGAGGCGCCAUCUCCCGCCAAUUCAAGUGCUUUCGAUAACACGCUCGAAGAUGUCCUCCUGGCUCCUGCUUCUUUUGACCUCACACCCACGGAGUUUCAAGAGCUCGAUUGUGGCUAUAACUACUGGAAAUUGUCCACCGUUACCUCUCUCAGCGGUAUCGACGAUACAGCUCUGCCCUUUUUGGAUAAAGUGAAUGGAUUAGACGAAGUAGAUGGGGUUCUCACCAAGGAGCCAGCCCUCGAGGUUUUUCAUCCUGACUUGCAAUGGAGAAAGUCUAAGGGUGGUGUGUGGGACACCUUGAACAGAAAGCAACGAGAGAGCCUCACCCGCUCAAUGAAGAAGACAUUUUGGUGGCGGGUCAUGAUGCUCACUAGGGCCCUGUUUGUUGGAGGUCUGUGGGUAGGAGAGCACCAAAACCCAUUUACGAUUCGUCAGGUGGAAGUACGACACCGGGUGACCAAUAGCUUUCUCACCGCACUUAACCUAACCUACACGACUUACGAGGAUAUGCUGGAGCAACCAGUGAUCAUCACAUUUACCAACGGAGUAACUGUUUCUGCUGGAUGGCUGGAGUUCCGUAGGAAUCUGGCCAAGGCAUUUGACGAAUCAAAGGGGGAACUAAGGAAGGUUAUCAAAGGUGCAAUGUCACCAUACACCAACUUUUGUGCCUCUUUCAAUACAGUAUGCAACGUUGUUGUACUUUUGUACCUUGUCAAGUAA